AUGUGCACUAUGUACACAGCAUCGUUUGCGUUUUUUGAAGCGCUAUGGGAGUACGGCGUCAGCCAUGUCUUUGUGAACCUCGGCUCAGAUCAUCCGUCCAUUAUCGAAGCUAUUGUCAAAGGCCAGAAUGAAAAGAAGGGACAGUUCCCAAAGAUCAUCACAUGUCCCAACGAGAUGGUCGCCCUCUCCAUGGCGGACGGAUACGCCAGACUGACGGGCAAACCUCAAUGCGUCAUCGUUCACGUCGACGUCGGAACUCAGGGCCUCGGAGCCGCAGUACACAAUGCCUCAUGUGGACGUGCGCCCGUCCUCAUAUUCGCCGGUCUGUCGCCUUUCACCAUCGAGGGUGAAAUGCGUGGUAGCAGGACGGAAUACAUUCACUGGAUACAGGAUGUGCCGGACCAGAAGCAGAUUGUCGCCCAGUACUGCCGAUACACCGGGGAGAUCAAAUCGGGCAAGAACGUCAAGCAAAUGGUCAACCGCGCCCUAUCCUUUGCCAUGAGCGAUCCGAAAGGACCUGUCUAUCUCUAUGGUGCACGCGAGCCCAUGGAGGAAGAUCUGACACCAUACAAACUGCAGAUGGACUAUUGGCAGCCGGUUGAGCCAGCUGCACUUCCUCCAAGUGGGGUCAAGACGAUUGCUGAAGCUCUGGCGCACGCUCAAGAGCCCCUCAUAGUGACGGGAUACUCGGGCCGUAAUCACGAUGCGGUGCAAGAGCUUGUGCGUCUAGCAGACAACGUCAAAGGCAUACGCGUCUUGGAUACUGGAGGCAGCGAUAUGUGCUUCCCUGCAAAUCAUCCAGCAUGGCUAGGGCUGCGAUACGGCAACGAUCCUGCCAUCAAGUCAGCUGAUGUCAUACUAGUCCUUGAUUGCGAUGUGCCGUGGGUCAAUACGCAGUGCCACCCCAAGGACAGCGCAAAGAUCUUCCAUGUUGACGUCGACCCCCUAAAGCAGCAAAUGCCCGUUUUCUACCUGAACGCGACACAACGCUAUCGCGCCGAUUCAUAUACAUCACUGACCCAGCUCAACGAGUACCUUGAGUCAGCCCUCAAGGAGAAGCUUUCAAGUCAGCUUUUCAGUCAACGGUGGACUGCGUUGCAAGAUUCGUAUAAGAAGAAGCUUGAAGGCAUCGCGGGUGAAGCAAAAGUAGACGACAACGGUCACUUCGGCACACCAUAUCUCUGCUCCCAGCUAAAGAAACUUUGCCCCAACGAUACCAUCUGGGCUAUUGAGGCCGUCACCCAAACUGGCUUUGUUGCAGAUCAAAUCCAAGCUACCCUUCCCGGCUCAUGGAUAAAUUGCGGUGGUGGAGGUCUUGGAUGGUCUGGUGGUGGUGCUCUGGGUAUCAAGCUCGCGACCGAGACAGAGGGCAAGAAGCAGUUUGUGUGCCAGAUUGUCGGCGAUGGCACCUAUCUCUUCUCGGUUCCCGGGUCCGUCUACUGGAUCUCUCAGCGGUACCAGAUUCCCAUCCUGACGAUUGUACUCAACAACAAGGGCUGGAAUGCACCCCGACGAUCCAUGCUACUCGUCCACCCCGAUGGUGAGGGCUCCAAGGUCAGCAACGAGGAGCUGAACAUUAGUUUUGCACCGACGCCAGACUACUCGGGUAUCGCGAAGGCGGCCAGCGGUGGUGAGAUUUGGGCUGCUCAUGCGAGUACCGCAGAGGAACUGGGGAAGCUGCUACCAGAGGCUAUUAAAUCUGUACUCGAGGGAAAGUCGGCAGUGCUUGAUGCGCAUCUUGAGGGUCCGGAAGGCAAGUAUGGAGGUGCGAAAGGUCGCCUAGGAUAACUUGAGUGCUGUCGUGCGACGUACAGUACCUCGUAAGACAUAGUGCAAAUCCCUCUCGUUCGUCUUCUUGCUUACCGCGCACGAGAGAUUGCAACUAUUAGCUGACGAUCGAUCGAAUAUACCGCAACGCAUACUUUCCAAGUAGUGCAUACACAUACCUUCUCCCU